UCGUCGGACCGGAUGUUGUUUAUGACCGACAUUUUCCUUUGGAAAUUGUAUUUGGGCUUAAAUUGUAUAUAAUUUGGCUAUUUUACUAGUAAAUAUUUAAUAUCUGGUAUAAUUAAAUAUAAUAACAUGUUCUUAUAAAGCAGGGAUGUAAAAUAGGUAGAUGUUUAAUAAACUCUAAGUUCAUUUUAGCAAAAGUUUUUUUCUCUUUCAAUAUAGCGGGAAAUCUUCGUUGUGACGCGCACAAUAUCUGAUAAUUUGUAAGGUGAAGCAGUGAAGUGUCGUAACGGAUUGUUAUGUGGUUAUUUACGCUUUGACAGUGGAUCUCGAUAUUAUAUUUAGAUUUGACAAUGUCGGACGAAAUGGCGGUGGGUGAUAAAGCAUCAAAAGAUGAACAAAAACUAGACGGCGGCGAGACGGAAACAGAGACCAUGGAGACCGCUGAUGCUUCAGAGCCUCAAGCAGAACCUUCAUCCCCUGGAUCUGAAGCGACAUCGGGACAUAUUGAAGAUGAAUCUGCUGUGGAAAAAGAUGAAUCAAGAGAUAAUUUCCAAACAACCGAUUUACCUAUAAUGGAAGAACCAGAAACUGAAGAGACGACGGAAGAACAGAAGGAACCUGAUGAGGAAGUAACAAGAGGCAUCAAGCGUAGAGCAUCCGCAGCAUUUAGUGAUGGCGGAGAUGAAGAAUUUAAAGGUUUUGACAGUUGCGAGAAAAGCAGUACCGCAGAUUACAGUCGUAUUAUUGAAGAGGAGAGCAAAGUUAUACGGAGAACAUCCACAUCUAGUGAUGAUGGUUUCAAAGGUUUUGACCUUACUGAGCACAAUAGUUUGACUGGAUAUUGUCAAGUUUUAGAGCGCUUGGAAGCUGAGGUGUCAGCUGCCGUCAAGACAUACACACCAGUCCGUAGCGUCAUGGCUAGCCCAGCGAUCAGAGCCAGUAAACGAGCUCGCCAAGACACAGGUGGGUGUACCAAGUGGUCUGAACAUCUCGAGGCGGAGGUGACUGCCUUCGUGAGAAGCUUCUCAGAUGAAAACGGGGAUACAGUGGCUGCGAAGCGUCAGCGGCGGGGUACUGAUAGUUCGCGGCCGUCGUCGGCGCUGUCGUCGCGCUCGGACGGCGACGGCGCGCUGUCGACGGACGCGUCGUCGUCGCCGGCGGCGCGCGGCGGGCGGCGCGCCACGGUGGAGAUGUCGGCGCCGGCGCUGCGCGUGCCGCUCGAGCGCGGCUGGCGGCGCGAGCUGGUGUACCGCGCCGUGGGCGCCUCGGCCGACGCGUCCAGCCGCCGCAACGCCGACAUCUACUACUACACGCCGCAAGGGAAGAAGCUGCGCUCCACGAGGGAGGUUGCCGAACAUCUGUCAGGAACAGGUCUUACAUUAGACAACUUCUCUUUCUUCAAAGAACCUUUGGGAAUUGAUGAUCCUGAAAAAGAAAUUAUACGUGAUGCUAAAGUCAUCAGACGUGUAGAGUCCCCGGUACCAGUUGUGCCACCACCAGUGUUGGAUGGCAAGAGGACACCAAAGCCCAAACCUCCCAAAGGUGCUAGUCCUGAACCUGCUACUCAUAAGUCGCCACCUGGUAAACUUAAGGUUAAAUCAAUGGGUUCCCGGCUAAGCAGUAAUGGUACCACUCCAAAGCCAGCAAAAAAAGCACCGACUCCACAACAACAGCCGCAAGCACAACAGCAACAGCAGAUGUCAGCACCAGCAGACAACAACAAUACUGCAGCUUGGAAAAAGCCCAGCGAGGCGCCCAAGGCGCUGCGCGCGCGCGCGCUGGCCAACGGCGCCGCGUCGCCGCCCGCCGCGCCCGCGCCGUCCCCGCGCCGCCGCGGCCGCCCGCGCCUCGACGACGCCGACCACUUCACCGCCUUCCACGCGCGCGCUCGCGCCGCCGACUACAACGUGGCCGUGCAGAUAUUUCAAUAUCUUGGAAUGCGCGACGUAGCCCGCUGCGCACGAGUGUGUCGGCUGUGGCGCCAGCUAGCGUCCGCGCCGGCGCUCUGGAGGCACGUGCGGAUGAAAAACUCACAUGUCAGCGACUGGGCAGGCUUGUGUGCAGCGUUAAAGAGUCACGGCACGAGAUGGUUGGACUUGCGUAAGAUGUUGCUACCACCUAACGACACCGUAUUUUGGGAUCACUUUGCUGAACACAUCGGUUCCGUGGAUACACUCGAGAGAUUGGAGCUGUGUCGGUGCCCGGCGCGCGCGGUGGAGGCGGCGUGCGAGCGCCUACCCGGCCUGCGCGCGCUGGCCGCGCCCGCCAUCCGCGACGCGCGCCUCGACCCCGCGCCGCUCGCGCGCCUGCCGCGCCUCGAGCUCCUGCGCCUCAAGAGCCUAACUGGACUAUCCUUAACCCGAGACCUACAUUCCCUGUCUUCUCUAUCACGUCUCCAACAUUUAUCACUAACAUCGAUCAAGGAGCUUGGUUGGUGUGCAUGUGAAGUAGUCGGACAGCUUGAACAGCUAGAAUCACUCGAGCUAGGUGAAUGUUCCUUCGGUGGAUCGUUCGCAACAGCCCUGGGCAAGUUGGUUAAACUCCGGAGGUUGCGGUUAGAGCGAGGAGUGUCUCACUGUGCCGCACCGGCACUUCUAAGAGCACUCUCAGCGUUGCCAAAGUUAACCAGACUCGAACUUGUUAAUUUUGAUGUUAAGGUUGGAUUCGACGAUGCUCUCGCGGAGUGUAAAAACAUUCAGAGACUGCUCAUUAUACCGACAUAUGUGUCACAAUCAGCGACAACCAAUAAACAGGUAUUAAGUGGUGUACUUCGACUGAAGGAUACUUUGACGCAUUUGAUGUGGGGCGUGACUAUCGAGUUGCUUCGCGUUACUGAAUUAUUCAUAGACCAGUGUGAAGCUGGAGAAGGCGAAGGCAAGCGGCGCGACGUCGGCGAGUGCAUUCCUGUACUGAAACCGGUACCCGGGUGUCGCCUGCCCGACGAUCAUCGCACCGUGGUCGGCCCGCCGCAGGUACACACCGCCCGCCAAUCGCCGCCCGACGAACAACGCACCGUGGCUGGCCCUCCGCAGGUACACACCGCUCGCCCUUCGUCGAACGUCGAACGACGCACCGCAAUUGGCACGCCGCAGGUGGAAAUACUCCCGAUCCCGACUCUACAACGGCUCCUGUCAGCUCAACUGCCGAACACCAAACUCAAAUUGCUGCGCAUCCCCUUCCACGCUACUUGGCGGCAGUCACUCGCAGACUUUCAGUAGCGUACACCCGCAACGCUGUACUUGUUCAGGAUCCUUGUACGCACAUCAAGGCAUAUAUUACUGACAAACAUAUACAAAAGUGGGGUCAGUCAUAGACUAUAUAUAAAUAAAAUGUCAGUCGUGUUCCGGGCGGGGGUCUGUGUUACGAAAAGGACUACGAUUUUAUUGAGUUAAAAAAUACACUCGAGAAGGGUUAACUUCAGUGCUUAGACAACAUGCAGUUUUUACUUAAAGUUUUUGGAUAAUAUAGAGUCAAUAAAAUGAUAUCAAAAUUGGCACGUAAAUAUACAAUUAUUAUAUUUAAAUAAGGAAGUUAAUUAUUAUAUUUGAAAAGGAAAUAUUGUCAGUGGGCUGAUAAUUUGCAAUACUUGAAGUAAGAUGAGGGUGCAGAUUAUAUAAUCGAAAAUUUUAUAAUAAAAAGAUAAAACUGUGUUUGAAGUUACUGAUUAUAAGAAAAUGAGUACAAUAAAUAAAUGUUUUCAAAACUAUCAUUUAAAAGAAAAAUAAUGUAUGAUUUUUUGUAUCAAUUUAAUUUCAUUUCGAAUCAAAUGGAAAUAAAAAAAGGUUUGUCAAAUUUAAAAUAAAACAAAAUAUAUCCAAAUAUCGUUUAAAAGGAAUGAAAUAAUAUUAAUCUAACAUUUCAUUUUUUGUAUUAAUAAUACACUUUAUUUAAUUAAAUAACCAUUUGAAAUACAAGUAAUCAUAUCUAACCUAAAAUACCGUCUGUAUUUUUAGCCUUUAACACAUUAUAAAAAAAAAACAAUAUAACAAUAGUUUAAACAAACCUGUGGGUGUUCUUAUAGUCUUUAAGUCGUAGCGAGAGAUAUAUUUUUAUUCAAAUUCAUCCAUUUCAUAUUAUUAUAUGACGCAAUGAAAUAACUAUAUAAAGUUAAAUGAUUAACUUCUUAGUUUUAAUGUAUCUAAGGUUGUAAAUAUUAUAUCGAUCAGCCUGUAGUUUUGACCUUUACCAUAGAUGCAUGAUAUAUUCAUAUUGUUUUUAAAAAAGGCGCGCUUGUCACCGAAAUGGCGGGAAUUAUCCUUAAAAAUGACAGAACAUUGACGUAUUUUUUUCUAAAAAAAUUUAUAUUGUUGCUAUAAGUUCCUAUUGUAAAAUUUUCUUCUAUUACUUUACGAAUUUUGUUUCGAUUUUAAGCUAUUUUAAUUGCUUCUGAUAAAAAGAACUCGUUUCCGCCAUUUCGACUAGCUUAUUUCUCACACUUUAUAAUAUCUGCCACAUAAAUUCUGACAACAGAGAAUAAUAUAUUGUGUUAUGAAAAUCAAAAAUACGCCUUAACAUACAUGUUAUUCAAAAUUUAAAAUAUUUCUAGCUUAGAAGCUUACAAGUCAGCAUUCACUCAAUUAGGUUUUUGAAUAAUAAAUAAUGACAAAAUACAUAGAUUUUUUAUACAAGUACUAACUACUAUUAGAUGUAUUACUGUAUCGAAAAUAGAUUUCAGAAAAUAUGCUACAAUGUUUUUGUGGUAAAUUAUUUAUCUUCAAAAGUACCAAUUGGUGAUAUAUUUCUCAUUCAUGUACAUUUUAAAUAAUGUUUAAUUUCAAUUUUCUUGUUUUAUGACAAAUGUGUUAUGAAACUGUGAUUUUAUUAUUUGACAUAUUAGUAUUCGACUAUUAAACAGAAUGUUGUAAAAUUGUGAUUAUUUCUAAUGUAACAAGCUUCUAUCUCAAUUAAAUUAGCUAAGAUGAUAGUAAAAAAAUGUAAUAAAAAACAAUUAAAACUAUCGUACCUAAAUACCAUUUAUCUAGUAUUUUUACGAUUACACUCCAAUAAAGAAUUCGUAUUGAUUGAAUCCAAAUUACCUGAUAAAUAAAAUAGAUAUAAAUAACUAAUAUAUAUGUAGAAAAAUACGUUUAUUGGCGAGAGUGUAAUCAUCUAAAAAACAAAAUAUAGUUUUAGAUAUUAUAGCUUUUAUAAAAAAAAAAAUCAUAUUCGGUAGUUUUUAUAGAAGAAUGAAUAUUUAACGACAUUUUAAGCAAUAUGUAACACCAACAAUAUAGCAGAAAAAAAGCUGUGACAAUUAAUUAAUAACUUUAUUAAAAUAUAUUAAGGUUGAAUAACAUGGAGGCGUUUAUAUUUUUUAAAUUAUUCGAAUUGAAUCCGUUAAUGAUACGCAAGCCUAGCUUCGUAGCUUAGACAAUGGUCUAUUGUUUAUAAUCUCCUUUUGAAAGAUGAUUUGUAUUUUUACUGUAGUUUUUAGUUCGAGUAUGUCUGGUUGGCGCCCUUGUAAAUAUGUAUAAUUUGUAUCGGCGCCCGCCGCGACCGGCUCCGUUUAUUAGUUUAAUAUAAAUACUAGUAAAUAUAGGCGACUCAAUAAAUCGUUGCCCUGUAAUCAUUGUUUCAUUUCCCCUUAUCAAGAUAAGCUAUGACAGGCAAGGUGUGAUACUGUUUUAUAUAUAAAGAGUAUGGUUUAUGUAUGAUUGUAGCAAAUACAUGAUCGUUCACUGGCAGUGAGUGUUAUGCACCGACUAACAAAUUUUAAAAAUAAUGUUGAAUAUUUAAAUUAAUAUUAUGUAAUUGGCCUUUGGCUACAUGCAAUAAUUAUCAUGAGGUUCUGUUCUGGUAUAAUGGUGAGCCAGUGAAAAAAAAUAAUGUAUAUAAAAAGUAACAUCACAUGACAGCGUAUUGGCUAAGAUAACACUGAUGUCUUUUUGGGUAUUAGAAACCAUUACCAUCGGAAUUCCAUUGCUUAUAUACCUUUCUAUGAUCAAUAGAAAAUAUAAAUUGUACUCGUCAAUUACAAGUAUAAAGGUAUUGGAUAUUCCAUGAAUAUAUUAUGUAUGUAUUAUAGUUUAUUUAAUAUUUGCUAUUAUAUACAAAUAUGUAAAUCACUGGUUAAGUAAAUACCCAAUGUAUUUUUAUAGUGUUUUAUUUAUGUUGUCAUGUAAUAUGAAAGAUGUUUUUUAUAAGAUGAAAUAAAUGUUACAAGAAAUAAAACAUCUUUUAUUGUUUUAUAUUUAUUAAACAGUUCUAUAAAUAAUCAUCAAAAUACAUUUUCUCUUAACUACUAAAUACAUGAGUGAUUAACAUAAUUUCGACCCCAUCGAUUUUGAUAUUACAUAAACGAGAACCACAAAUUAUUGCAUACAAAUAUUUUGGCUUGUUAGGAAGAUAUAGAAUUUUCACAAAAAUAUAAUUCUAAAUUAAGAGUAAUGAUUAAUAACCAAGGUUAAACUGAUUCGAUUUUGGUAAAAUACACAUUUGUAGUGUUAUUUACGACUUAUAGUAGACUAAGCACCUUUAUUUUCUUUUCCAAAUUCAAAUGUCAGUCAGUAGAUAUUAAAAAUACAGAAAGUAUUUUUUUAGAAUGUAAACAUACAAAUUUUAGUGUAGUUAUUAAUUUAGUAAUUUGAGUUGGGAUUUAUGAUAUGAAAAAAAAAAAACUCGUCCGUUCGUGACAUACGCACAAUCUGAACUAGUAAA